UUUUUGUGCAAAAAGUGGCUCCUAGCGGCCAAAUUCUAAGAAAAUUCUCAGAGGCAUGACGUUUUCUUAGAAUUUCCCCUAAAAGUGACACGAAAAUCCCAGUUAAUAUAAAAGCUAUUCCUCAAGAGUCCUAGCGCUUAAAAGGGCUCCUAAGGCGAGAUCUGCUAAGAGCAGGGAAGAGGACUUUUAGUGGCUUAGGAGUUACCCUAAGCAGCUGCACAAAAUGGCCAACAGAGGAGGCAGGAGAGAUGUCCUGCAAACACUGGAUGACAGGGAAUUAUUGAGACGCUACAGAUUGGAUCGUGCAGGAAUCAUGUUUGUGGUGGAUCUCCUUAGAGAUGCAAUUACUUCACCAACUCGACGCCACAACGCUAUUACACCGGAGAAGAAAGUAAUCACAACCCUGAGGUAUUUGGCAACAGGGAAAAUGCAACAAUGCAGCAGUGAUGACUUGGGUCUGUCCCAAUCCUCCGUCAGCAGAGUCAUCACCCAAACACUGACAGCUUUGUCACAACCUAAUAUUGUGACACAAUUUGUUUCAUUCCCGCUGGAUGCCCGCACUUUACACACACAUAAAAGGGCAUUUAUGGACAUUGCAGGAUUCCCUGGCGUUGUGGGUGUAAUUGAUGGAACACAUGUGAGAAUAAUUGCGCCAUCAGAGGACGAGGCUGUCUUUGUUAACAGGAAGAAUUUCCACAGCAUCAAUGUGCAAAUAGUGUUCAAUGCGGCCUGGAAGAUUUUGGACAUUGUGGCUAAAUGGCCAGGCUCCACACAUGAUGCGAGAAUGCUCUCCGAGAGUGGCAUCAGACAGCUUUUUGAGAGACGCUAUGUGCCAGCUAAUUGCCACUUGUUAGGGGACAGUGGCUACCCAUGCAAACCAUGGCUCCUUACACCUUACCUCCAGCCACGCCAAGGGCCCCAACUAAACUAUAACAGGGCCCACAAGACAACAAGAGCGGUGGUGGAGCGUGGCAUAGGCCAGCUUAAGAGGCGCUUUCAUGUUCUCCACGGAGAGGUGCGGCUGAGGCCUGAAAAAGUCAGCAAACUCAUCAUAGCCUGUGCAAUAUUACACAAUAUUUGCAAGGUUAGACAGAUUGCAGAACCUCUGGAGGAUGGCGAUGAGGAUGAGGAUGGAGACAACGAUGAGGAUGGUGGUGAAGAAGAUAUUCACAUUCCACAGGGGAACCCUAGCCCAGAGUGGACUGCCUUACAGGGGAUGCUGACGGAGCAGGUGCUGCGGAUGGGAAUGGUGUUUGAUCCGCCGGGCUAUCCUGAGUAG